AUGUCAUGCGCCGACAACUCAGGCGCCCGAAACCUCUACAUCAUCUCCGUUAAGGGCAUCGGUGCGCGUUUGAACAGACUUCCUGCUGCGGGUGUGGGUGACAUGGUCAUGGCGACUGUGAAGAAAGGAAAGCCAGAGUUGAGAAAGAAAGUUAUGCCAGCUGUCGUUGUCCGACAAUCGAAGCCCUGGAGACGGCCAGACGGUAUCUACCUCUACUUCGAAGACAACGCCGGUGUCAUCGUGAACCCCAAGGGCGAAAUGAAGGGCAGUGCUAUCACAGGGCCGGUGGGCAAGGAGGCAGCUGAGCUGUGGCCCAGAAUCGCCAGCAACAGCGGUGUGGUGAUGUAA